AUGGAAAGCAUGGGGGUAGCGAGAUGGACGUCGACGGUGCAGGAGCUCGCUGGCGCCCUCGGCAAGCCCGACGUGCCGGCCCGGUACGUCUCGCGCGGACUUCACGAAGACGACCAGCAGCCCGCCGUGGCGCCGGUGCCUGUCAUCGACAUCGGCCGCCUUUUCAACCAGGACGGUGCCGUCGCAGCUGACAACGAGGAGGCGAAGCUCCGGCUGGCGGUGCAGUCAUGGGGUCUCUUCCUGGGCUACGGGACCGACCGGGUGAGCUCGACGGAGCAGAUUCUCGACUGGUCCGACCGGCUUUACCUCAAGGUGGAGCCCGAAGAUGAGCGCAGCCUAGCCCUCUGGCCAGCGCAUCCCCAAACCUUCAGAAAUCUUCUGCACGAGUUCACCACGAAAUGCAGGGUGGUGAAGGACGGACUUGUCCGGGCAACGGCGAGGCUGCUGGAGCUCGACGACGACUACUUUGUGGACAAGUUUGGGGAGAAGGCUGACACCUACGCUAGAUUCAGCUACUACCCGGAGUGCCCGAGGCCGGAGCUCGUGUUCGGCCUCAAGCCCCACUCCGAUGGGAGCGUUCUUACCGUGCUCAUGGUCGAUGACACCGUUGGUGGGCUGCAGAUUUUGAGAGAUGGCGUCUGGUUUGAUGUACCGACUGUUCCUCACACCCUGCUGAUCAACAUAGGUGAUCAAACUGAGGAGCUUGCCGGCACCCUCAGCGCGCCCGACAUGCCGGCCUGGUACGUCGCGCGUGGACAACACGACCACAACCAGCAGCCUGCCGCGGCAGUCAUGGUGCCGGUCCCUGUCAUUGACCUCGGCCGCCUUUUCAAGCUGGACGACCACGCCGCUGCUGACAACGAAGCAACGAAGCUCCGGCUGGCGCUUGAGUCGUGGGGUCUUUUCCUGAUGACUAACCACGGCGUAGACACCGCUGUGAUGGAUGGCAUGAUGGCCGCUUCGAGGGAGUUCUUCCGGCGGCCGCCCGAAGAGAAACAAAGAUACACCAACCUAAUCGACGGCCAGCGGUUCCAGCUCGAGGGGUACGGCACCGACCAGGUGAGCUCGGCGGACCAGAUCCUAGACUGGUCUGACCGCCUCUUCCUCAAGGUGGAGCCCGUGGACGAGCGGAACUUUGCCCUCUAG